AUGUCAUCCUCCCCUUCCCUCGAGAAAGGCGAGUUCGACCAUAUCCCCGUCAUCGACCUCGCCCCCCUGAGAAGUCCCCUCCUUCAGGAACGGCAGCGGCUCGCCAGGGAGAUCUACACGGCCUGCACCCAGGUCGGCUUCUUCUACAUCAAGAACCAUGGAAUCCCCGAAGAGCUGAUUGCCACCCUGCGAGAGGCCGCACAACGGUUCUUUUCUCUCCCGGAGGAGCAGAAGAUGGAAACCUCCAUCCGAAAGUCCAAGAAAUACCGGGGCUUCAUCCCCCUUAACUGCGAGCAACCGACCGGCACCGAUCUGGAGCCGGCGCCCGAGCCCGACCCCUCCACCGCCGCCUUCUCCGAAGCGUUUGACAUCGGAUACGAGCUGGACGCAGACCCCCAGCGAAGCCCCACCGAUACCCUCCCAGCAGACGCCUACGAGCUGUACGGGGACAACCAGUGGCCCCGCGACGAUUUGCUGCCUGGCUUUCGUGAGGUCUACCGGCGAUACUUCGCCGAGGCAUUGACCCUCUGCCGCGCCAUGAUCCGCAUCUUUGCCCUCGCCCUGGAUCUCCCCGAGGACUUCUUCGACCCGAUGGUCAACUAUCCUGGGGCGACAUCACGCAUGUUGCACUAUCCGCCCCAGCCGGCGGCGGAUGCGAUCAGGAUCGGACUGGGGGAACAUACGGAUUACGAAUGCUUCACUCUGCUGUUGCAAGACCAGGUACCAGCCUUGCAGGUUCGCAAUUCCCGGGGGGAGUGGAUCCUCGCGCCGCCCAUCCCUGGCACUUUGGUCGUGAACAUCGCCGAUUGUCUGUCGAUCUGGACCAACAAAAUCUUCAAAUCGACGAUCCACCGGGUGACGAAUCUGACCGGACAGGAGCGGUACACCAUUCCGUUCUUCUUCGGGGUGGAUUAUGACACCACCGUGUCGGUUCUGCCGAGCUGCAUUUCCGACGACCGGCCGGCGUGUAAGCCGGCGUUCAAGGCGGGCGAGUGGGUGCGUCAUCAGAUGACGAGGGCUUAUCCCGGGUAUGAGGAGCCGGCGAGGGGGGACAGCUGA